AUGCUAACCCUCAAUGGAACAAGAGGCAGGCCUGCUUCCUUCCUUCUCACAGGAUUCUCUGGGCUCGGAGUGAGCUCUCUGCCCUGGCUCUCCAUCCCAAUCUGUUCCUUGUAUAUUGUUGCGUUUUUCGGCAACUGCCUGAUCCUCGUAGUGAUCAAAUGGCAGCCCAGCCUCCACGAGCCCAUGUACUUAUUCCUCUCCAUGCUGUCUCUCACCGACCUUGGCUUAUCCAUUUCUACCUUGCCAACGGUGCUUCAGCUAUAUGCACUUGACUCCAGGGAAAUCUCUGUCAAUGCCUGCCUGGCCCAGCUGUUCUUCAUCCACACCUUCUCCAUCAUGGAAUCCUCAGUGUUGCUCGCAAUGGCCUUCGACCGCUUCGUUGCAAUACGGCAUCCUCUGAGAUAUGUCUCGAUGUUGACCAGAGCCAGGAUUAGGAACAUUGGGCUGGCGGUUGUCUUGAGAGGGGUUGGGCUGCACGUACCAGCUCCCAUCCUGUUGAAGAGGCUGCCCUACUGCAAGAGCCACCAGCUUUCCCAUUCUUACUGUUUGCACCCAGACGUGAUGAAGCUGGCCUGUGCAGACACCACCCCUAACAGCUCGUACGGCCUCUUUGUUCUCCUCUCUACUCUGGGGCUGGACUCCAUGCUUAUAGUCCUGUCUUACAUACUGAUCCUGAGAACAGUGCUGAGCAUUGCUUCUCGGGAGGAGCGCUUGAAAGCCCUCAGCACCUGCGUCUCCCACAUCUGUGCCGUCCUCCUCUUCUACACGCCACUCAUUAGCUUGUCCAUGAUCCAUCGGUUCUGGAAAAGGGCUCCCCAUCAUUCUCGCAUCCUCCUCUCCUACCUCCACUUUCUAGUCCCCCCGGUGCUGAAUCCCGUCGUCUACAGCAUAAAAACCCAGCAGGUUCGAAAGCAGAUAAUCAGGUUGUUCCAUCUCAAAAACUGGACAGGGAGCCGGAUGGAGUCUUUUCGCAUGCCGAGGGAGAAGUAA